GAUCGCUGAGAACAGGGAAGCAGACACGGGGACCUACCGGAAGAAGCAGCGCGAGCAAAACACCGGCUGCGCGAGCGAAACGGAGGCGGUCCGCGGGGAGGAGGAGCAGGAGGAGCAGGUGGAGCAGCAGGAGGAGGAGGAGGAGCAGGAGGACCGGUCCCGUCGCUCCUCGGUAAGAUGGCUGAUUCCGGCAGCGACGGAGAGGCGCCGGAGAGCGCGCGCGGCUUCGCGCGGCAGGGAGCCCUCCGACAGAAGAACGUGCACGAGAUCAAGAACCACAAGUUCAUCGCGCGCUUCUUCAAGCAGCCCACCUUCUGCAGCCACUGCACGGACUUCAUCUGGGGCUUUGGGAAGCAGGGAUUCCAGUGCCAAGUGUGCUGUUUCGUGGUCCAUAAGCGCUGUCAUGAAUUUGUCACCUUUUCCUGUCCGGGGGCCGACAAGGGACCCGACUCCGAUGAUCCUCGUAGUAAACACAAAUUUAAGGUCCACACUUACUCCAGCCCGACCUUCUGCGACCACUGCGGCUCCCUCCUCUACGGGCUGAUUCACCAGGGCAUGAAAUGUGACCACUGUAUGAUGAACAUCCACAAGCGAUGUGUGGCCAACGUCCCGAGCCUGUGUGGGACGGAUCACACCGAGAGGAGAGGACGCCUGCAGAUCUCCGCCCAGAUCGCGGACAACAUUCUCACCGUCACCAUCAAAGAGGCCAGGAACCUGGUUCCCAUGGACCCCAACGGCCUGUCAGACCCCUACGUCAAGCUCAAGCUGAUCCCAGAUCCCAAAAGUGAGAGCAAGCAGAAGACCAAGACCAUCAAAUGUUGCCUCAACCCCACCUGGAAUGAGACCUUCACUUUCAAACUAAAAGAAAGCGACAAGGACCGCCGCCUCUCGGUGGAGAUCUGGGACUGGGACUUGACUAGCAGGAACGACUUCAUGGGAGCGCUGUCCUUUGGGAUCUCAGAGCUCCAGAAACAAGGAGUGGACGGAUGGUUCAAGAUGCUUUCUCAGGAGGAAGGGGAGUACUUCAAUGUCCCUGUCCAGCCGGAUGGAGAAGACGGCAACGAGGAGCUACGACAAAAGUUUGAGAGGGCGAGGGUGGGGCCGGGGAAGCCCGCCGACUCCUCUUCCUCCUCCUCGGUGUGCAAGUACGACAGCAACGGCAAUCAGGACCGGGUCAAGCUCUCCGACUUCAACUUCAUCAUGGUCUUGGGCAAGGGCAGCUUUGGCAAGGUGAUGCUGGCUGAGAGGAAGGGCACCGAUGAGCUGUACGCCGUCAAGAUCCUUAAGAAGGACGUGGUGAUCCAGGACGACGACGUGGAGUGCACCAUGGUGGAGAAGAGGGUCCUCGCCCUGGCCGGCAAACCGCCUUUCCUCACUCAGCUGCACUCGUGUUUCCAAACCAUGGACCGGUUGUAUUUUGUUAUGGAGUACAUCAACGGAGGAGAUCUCAUGUACCAGAUCCAACAGGUCGGCAAGUUCAAGGAGCCUCAUGCCGUGUUCUAUGCUGCAGAGAUUGCCAUUGGACUCUUCUUCCUUCACUCCAAAGGCAUCGUGUACCGGGAUCUGAAGCUGGACAACGUGAUGCUGGACGCUGAAGGCCACAUCAAGAUAGCCGACUUUGGCAUGUGCAAAGAGAACAUGUCCGAUGGAAUUACCACAAAAACCUUCUGUGGCACACCGGACUACAUCGCUCCGGAGAUCAUCGCCUAUCAGCCCUAUGGGAAGUCUGUGGACUGGUGGGCCUUUGGGGUUCUGCUCUAUGAAAUGCUCGCUGGACAGCCGCCUUUCGACGGGGAAGACGAAGACGAGCUGUUCCAGUCGAUCAUGGAGCAUCACGUCUCUUACCCUAAAUCCAUGUCCAAAGAAGCUGUUGCUAUCUGCAAGGGGCUGAUGACCAAGCAUCCAGGUAAGCGUCUGGGCUGCGGUCCGGAGGGGGAGAGAGACAUCAAGGAGCACGCCUUCUUCCGCUACAUAGACUGGGAAAAGCUGGAGAGCAAAGAGGUCCAGCCGCCUUUCAAACCCAAAGCUUGUGGGCGUGAUGCAGAGAACUUUGAUCGCUUUUUCACACGCCACCCCCCCGAGCUGACCCCCCCAGAUCAGGAGCUUAUAUCCAACCUGGACCAGGAAGAGUUCCAAGGCUUCUCAUUUGUUAACCCUGAGUACCCUCACACACCUCACUGACCACACACCAUCGCCGGGCUGCACUAGUGAUCCCCGACGCCUCGGAAAACGCACCAAAUCACAAAACCACACAGAUCCGCCAUCCGGCAGGGUGACGCGUCAAAGGAAUAGUUCAACAUUUUUUUGGGGGGAAAUACUUGGAUGACAGGAUUGGUAUCGGUCUCAUGUCUGCGUGUCGGGUAAGAAGCUGGAGCCAGGCGGCGAUUGGCGUUAACCGCUCACCUGGCUCUGUCUAAAGUUCUAGCCGUCACCGUAAAGCACAUAUUGUCGUAUCACACGGUGUGUCUUAAUUAGUAAACUUUAGUUGUUGUUUUUUUUUGCCGUUUCUCCUCCGGCUUCUAGUUUUUAUUCCAAGCCGAGAUGACACAGUUCCUUCCUGCACUCACAUGUUGUUACCAAUCCUCUCAUCGAUCUCAAACUGACAAAUAAGCGUAUUCCCCAGAAAAAAAAACCCAUUCUCUAAAUAACGCAGGAAUGCAAGUGCGUGCAGGCGCUCAAACGGUAACAAUCAGGAGAAAUAGUCUGACGUCCACGUGUCAAGUUGCCGGUGGGGAGCCACUACUUCCAGUUUACUGUGGUUUAGCACACCGCCGCUACCGGCCGUACCUCCAUCCUCCAGCUCCUGGAUGCCGCCCGACUGCGCACGCCAGCAGGUUCAGGUCGGGGUCCGGACCCGGGGGGGGGGGCGACCUGAGCCUGCUCUGUUUCCGCGUCGCCAACCCCCUGUGAUUGCAGAUCAGUAGUAUUGAUGCGUGUGUGUGUGUGUGUGUGCUAUACAUACAAUGCCAGAGAAAACUGACCUGUUGCUUUGCUAUGAUUGUUUGAGCGCCGAUGUUUACUUUAUAUUGUCUCUAGGACCAAAUAGCUUUACACUUUCUAUUCCAUGUUGUGAUUAGCUUGAAUAUUUUGCCGAUUUCUUGAUGAGCCACAGGGGAGAGGAUAUACGUCUUUAUACGCGCAGCCAGGAAAAAAUGACUUUUGGCUGAAAUUUGAUUACUUUUCUCGCGACUCUAAUGAAAACAUUCCCCUCAUUACACUGUGUUUCAAUGACAUCGCUUUGCUUGUAAAAAGAAAAAGAAAAAAACAUGUAUUGGAAGAUUCUUGUGACGCUGGUAGUUUUUUAGGACGUCCAAAAGUGCCAAAAAAAAAAAUUAGAUUCAGAAUCACGAGGAUGUGGAAAAAUAGUGUCCUCAACAACUGUGAUGACGGGCGGCCGUCCCGUGCCAUUUUCCAGUACGUGUAAUUAUUAGAAAAUGCGUCAUAGCUGGUCUCUUCUUCAACAAUAAGAUCUCAUUGUGAGGAAGGUUGUGUGAUCUUUUUGUAACCGUGUAACGAUGCAGGGUUGUAACAACGUGUCAGACUUUGUUCUUUGAGCUCGUAUCAAAAAGGGAGGCGCGCUGACGUCGCAGAUGCUCGCCGAUUAACCCGAUCGAUUAAGUCAGGUGGAAAAAGUGAGCGUUUAUUGUGAUGAUUGCAUUGGUGUCUAUUCGAUGGUGACAUAACGAGAGAGAGAGAGAGAGGGUGAGGAAAAUUAUAUAGAUAUAUAUAUUGAUAUUAUAUAAGAGGUAUUUGGACAAAUUGUUCUGGAUGAGAGCGAUGCUUCUGUGGAUUGUGUAAUUGUCCUGUGUGACUGGAAACUGAUAAUAUACUCACUGGUGCCUACCAGAAUACUU